GAGAGAGUGGCUCAACGGACCUCUUUUCUUUUGCCCGACCCGAGUCGCAGAAUGAAAGAGGUGAAGAGCGAGCGGGAGCGGAGGAGCCGGCGGAGGCACCGGGAGGGGGACGUGGCGGCGGCGGCCGCGGUGGUGGUGAAGCAGGAGCGCCUGAGCCCGGAAGCCGAGCCGCCCGCCCCCCGCCGGCCGGACCUCGGCGCUACUCCGUCCCCGCCGGCCGGCGAGCCGGGCCGCCCUGGCCACCGCGGGAGCAGAGCCCGGGGAGAUAGCCGGUCCCCAGCCAAAAAGAAAAACAAGUCCUCGGGGAGAAGAAGCAAGUCUCCUCGGAGCAAGAGAAGUCGGAGUCCUCACCACUCGGCAGUCAAAGUGAAGCAGGAACGUGAGGAUCAUCCCCGGAGAGGACGGGAGGAUCGGCAGCACCGUGAAUCAUCGGAACAGGAACACAGGAGAUCUAGGAACAGUGACCGAGACAGACACCGGGGCCAUUCACGCCAAAGGAGGAGCUCCGCCGAGAGGCCUGGAAGUGCACAGGCUCAGGGACGGGACCGAGACCUUCAGACCCUGCAGGCUCAGGAAGAAGAGCGGGAGUUCUACAACGCCAGGCGUCGCGAGCAUCGCCAGAAGAAUGAAGUCAGUGCAGGUGGUAAUGAGUCACAGGAGCUGGGUCCCCGGGCUGCUGGCAAGAAAGAAAAAGUGGUGCCUGUUAAAGAAAAACCAAGCUUCGAACUUUCUGGAGCACUUCUUGAGGACACCAACACCUUCCGGGGUGUCGUUAUUAAAUACAGUGAGCCCCCAGAAGCACGUAUCCCCAAAAAGCGGUGGCGCCUCUACCCCUUUAAAAAUGAUGAGGUACUUCCCGUCAUGUACAUCCAUCGACAGAGCGCUUACCUUCUGGGGCGACAUCGCCGCAUCGCCGACAUUCCAAUCGAUCAUCCGUCGUGUUCCAAGCAGCACGCCGUCUUUCAGUAUCGGCUUGUGGAAUACACCCGUGCUGAUGGCACAGUUGGCCGAAGGGUAAGGCCAUACAUCAUUGACCUUGGCUCAGGCAAUGGAACCUUCUUGAACAACAAGCGUAUUGAGCCACAGAGAUACUAUGAACUGAAGGAAAAGGAUGUACUUAAAUUUGGGUUCAGUAGCAGAGAGUAUGUUUUGCUCCAUGAGUCAUCGGAUACCUCUGAACUAGACAGGAAAGACGACGAGGACGAGGAGGAGGAGGAGGAAGCCGUUUCCGACAGCUAGCAAACUAAGAAACAACCCACGCUAAAAAGACUCCUUUUCCUUUGUGGAAGGCGUUUGGAUUGACUCAGAGAGCACUGUGGUGCACUCCGUAAUGCCUCUUGUUGCCUUAAGUCUUUACUCUGUUGCUGGCCAGCUUAUGUUCAAGUGUAAGGACACUGACUUGGGUUUUGAUGAACUUUUCUCUGGCACCUCAGCCACAAGCCUGUGGACAUUUGUUUUCAGAACAGUCUCGCCAAUUAAAACACCAUGUUUUAGUAGAAGCGUUGUGGCUUUAGUUGGUGCUGCCUUGGAAACGAAACCCUUGGCUAGAGGGGAAUCUCCGCUUGUUCUCUUUGUACAGGUACUUCAUUGAUACAGGGGUGAAGCUUCGUGGGCCAGCUGUUUCUGUUCCGGAGCAGUGACUCUUAGUAAGCUUUGGUUAUCACAGCAGCCUCCAUGUGCACCAAAGCUUUGACCUGGUUGAGCUCUUGAGUCAUAGAAGUUUAUUUUGCACUUAGUUUUUUGGGGGUGGGAAUCUACCACACGACCUCAUUCCUGGCUGUCAAACAAAUGCUUCAUGGCCCCUGCUUAAGUGUAGGACUGUCUGGGAAGAGCAUGGCUGCUACCAGCAGGUGCUGGUUUAAGAACACGUGAGGCUGGAAUGGGUCGUGGAUCCAUUUCCUUUGAGGGAAUUCCUGAUUUCCCCAUGGAACGUGUACAUAACAGUUUUGAUCAUCUGUUCUCCAGUUUUGUGUUUUUAUUCAAUUGUUACCUCUUUGUUUUUUCUUCUUUGAGAAAGAAUUUACGCCGUUUAUGUGGCAGGGCCCUUGCUUUAUUCUAACAGCGUGUAUGUAUUUCUGAAGGAGGGUGUGUAGCCUCCGUGUUUCUACACGUUUUAAAAAGUCACUCAGAGAGGUGGUAUCUGCCUUCCCGAGACUGGAAAGCAAGAGGAAUGCCCGGUUUCCUGAUUUCCCACCAGAGGAAUACGUGUGAGUAGAGAAGUAUUGACUGCUUACAUACAGUGUGUAUGUGUGUGUGUGUGUGUGUAUAUAUAUAAAUUGUGUGCUAAAGAGCUGCGUACUGAUUUUCAUAUGACAAGGUUUUGUGAUAAAAUGUAAUACCACAUGAUAGGCAAAGGACUUCCUGCAUUUGAAGAGCAGGUUUUCAUUUAUAUGUAUUUUUGGGAUAAAAAUAAUAAAAUUUGUAAAUAUAGCCCAUUUCAAAGGGUAAUACUUUCCCAGCAUAGCGGUCUGUUGGCUGCUGACGGAGUCGCUCUCAGUGUUUUUAAGGUCAAAGCAGGCAGUUAUGUAGGUGUCCCGGGCAGAGACCUGGGAACAGUGAAGUUGGGACAUCCAGCCGCACCGGAGCCUAGAUCCUCCCGGUUCUUCCGGUGACACAGCGGUGCUUUCUGAGGUGACUGUGCAGGGCUUCCUCCCGGGAUGGGGCUCUGCCUCCAUACAGAGUUGGCCUUCACGCCAGUGCAGCACCCGUCUACACUGUUUCAUCCUAGGACGCGGGGCCGGGCCAGGGGAAGAUGAUGCAACUCCAGUCAGUGCUGCUACGAACUGUUCCUCCUGGGCUGAAACUUCCGAUGCUUUCAAAUUAGAAUCUCAUCUUUUACCUUGUUCUUAUGUUGUGGUCUCACAUAUUCAUGUGCUCAGGGCUAAAGGUUGGCUGGUUUUGGGUGGGGUGGGGGUGCCCGCUGACCAGUAUCCAGAAUUAAUUAAAAAAUCCUCUUUGAGGAACGAACACUUCUUUUCGGUCGACUAGAUGAAAGAUAAGAUCAGGGGACACUACAACCAGCAUUUACACAGUCUCCCACAUGGGUACAGGGGCCCAAGGACUUGGGCCAUCUUCUACUGUAGCAGAGAGCUGAAUGGGAGGAGGAGCAGCCGGGGCACAAACCGGUGCCCAGAUGGGAUGCUGUUGCCACAGGUGGAGGCUAUGGCCCCCUGACCUUUUCUUCUUAAAGUAAUUGUUUUUAGCAGCUGAUGUUCAUAUUAGCUAUUAACAACUUCUUCAUUCUCUUCAUCCACCUUGGCUGGCUGGUCUGCAGAUCAGUGCUGUUAGAAUCAAGCAAUGGGCAAAGUGGCCCUUUGCUUCUGAGCCCCUCCCCAAGUCCUCUGUUGUGGGCCACAGUUCUGCAGAGGUCUGGGACUAGAACUUUGAUUUUCCCCCUCAAACUCCUCACCUUCAUCAUGUUCUGGUCACUUCAUUCUAACAUUGACAAACCACAACUCAUUAAAUGAAACUGGUCAUGUGACUUUCAAAUACUGGUAAUACAUUAAAACAACUUAUUAAGUGAGAUAAUGGAAGAUUAAAAAAAAAUUUUAUUGAAUAUGCCAGUAUAUAUAUUUGAUUUUAAAAGCUUAGCUUAGAAUUAAAAUAUUUAUAUAUUUUUCCAGUUGAUUAUCAUUUGAUAUGAUACAUAGAUGUUUAUAUGUUUUUUAAAGAUUUAUUUUACUUAUUUUAAAAGAGGGAGAGACAGAGAAAUAUUCCAUCUGCUUGUUCACUCCCCAGAUGGCUGAAAUGUUCAGUGCUGGGCCAGACUGAAGCCAGGAGCCAGGAGCUUUCUCUGGGUGGCAGGGUCCUGAACACUUGGGCCAUCUUCUGUUUUUCCCAGGCCAUUAGCAGCCUGCUCCACUUCCCAGGAUCAGGAACAGGAUCCCAACAGCUGGGACAGGAACUGAUGUGGGACACUCGCGCCCAGGUGGCAGCUUUACCUGCUCUACUGCAACGCCGGCCCCAGAGGUGGGUCUGUUUUUGUCUAAGGAAUAAAAUGUCAUGGUCGUUAUAUGCAACGUGACGCUGACGCCAUGCCAUUGAUGCUGCUUGUGAAUUCUGUUCUGACCCCGUGUUCCUGUUGUGUGAGUUUAUCCAGUGAAAAGACUACUUGAUUUAAAUUAAAGUUUUGGAAUUUAAA